AUGCAGGAACAGGACCAGAACGAGGAGGAUGAUGAGAAUGCUCUCAAAGCAGAGGAGGAUGGUCCAGGAUCCGAGCCCUCGACGGCCGAAGCAAGAUAUACGGUGCCCAAGUCAAAGAAGAGAAGGAGCACAACUAAAGAGCGAUCGUCGCAGGAUCCGCACAAUCCAGUCAACAACCUGGUGGACAGUCUACGGCCUGGUCUGACACUCGUAUGCAUCGGCCUCAACCCUGGGCUUAUGACAGCCGCAACGGGCCAUGCUUAUGCUCACCCCUCUAAUCGAUUCUGGCACCUACUUCAUACUUCUGGCAUCACCCCCAAGAAACAUCUCCCAUCCGAGACGAGAGAUCUGAUGGAUCUUUACCAGAUUGGCAAUACGAAUAUAUGCGCACGGCCUACCAGGAGUGGCGAUGGUUUGAGUAAGCAGGAAAUGGAGGAAGGGGCUGUCAUUCUUGACAAAAAGAUUGCACUAUACAAACCGGAGGCGGUGGUGAUAGUUGGAAAAGGCAUCUGGGAAGCUAUCUGGAUGGCUAAGAAAGGUCAGAAGAAGUUCAACGAUCCGAACUUCCACUGGGGAUGGCAAGACGAGGAGGUGCAACUGGGCAGAGUCUGGGAAGACGGCCAUCUCACGUGGCCCGGGGCAAAGACAUUUGUGGCCACGUCUACAAGUGGGCUGGCGGCAACUCUGACGCCAGCAGAGAAACUGGCCAUCUGGAAGCCGCUGGGCGACUGGAUGACGGCAAGGCGCAAUGAAUCCGGGGCUGGUUGA